ACGAAUUGUUCAAGAUAUUAUUAGAGUUGGUGAUAUAUUCAUUUUGGGCGCUCAAACCUGUUCUGCCUACUCUAAAUUUAUCACACGUUCGACAGGAAGUCACAAGUAAUGAACAAGCAUUUGAUAACGAUAUUACUCAUUGUAGGGAUAUCUAGUCCCUGCUUUCGUCUUUAUGGAGGAGCCAUGACGAUUUCUGGGAUACACAUUGCAAAAAGCACGUUGGAGGAUUACGUGAAACAAUGCUGGCAAGAUUUUGUUGAUCUAAUGGACAAUGGAGUUCCCGGGCUGAACAUCCCGACUUUCGACCCAUGGUUUGCCAAUAACAGCUUCCCAUUCCGCAUGCAAGAUGGCGAAAGUGCCCUCCGGGCAGAUGUCAAUGCGACGAAUGUUACAUCCCUCGGCUUUUCUUCGGUGCAGGUACCGGUGGUCUAUGAAACAUCUGAGUCGCAUUACAAUGUGUCUUUAUCACUUCCUGAUUUGAAAAUAAGCGGACUUUACACCAUUAUUGGCAGUCAUCACUAUUUUUAUCCCAUUGUCGGAAAUGGGCCAUUUGAUAUGACUUUGCUGGAUGUGUCGUCAAAUGGGACGACAUCUGUCCUUUUCGACGGUACUGUGUAUAGUUUGACCAAAGUGGUGCUGACCCCACUGAUAUACGGUUCUGCAACUUCUGAAUUCUACGGUCUUUCCAUUUCUGACGCGGGUAGUACAUCCGAUACUUACAUUGAGAUCGUCCACCAAAUGACCGAGCUUUUGUGGUCCCAUAUUGAAGAGGAACUUCGGAUGCAAUUAAGCGAUUCGAUUACUCAAUACCUGAAUGACCAGCUCUUGGAUUUUCAACCUAGCAGUAUGCUUUACCAGCCCUGAAUAAACUUCACCUGGCACUUCA